GGAAACAUUUAACAGACGCUCAACAACACUACGUCACUUCCGCAAACUUCCGCUUGUUUUAGGUAAUCAAAACAAACAUGGCGACUUACAGACAGGUCGGCAGGUUGUUGGGUAUUUCAGCAAGACUUGCACGCCCUCUUGCUUGCAGUGGAUAUCAGAGCACUGGAUUUCACUGGCCUUCACACACAGUCUCGAACAGAUGGCCACAAAAUCCCCUCUGGGUCAUUCCAGGAAGGACCAUGUUUGUGCAGACACAAGACACACCCAAUCCAAACAGUGUGAAGUUUCUGCCCGGCAGAACAGUUCUUGAAUCUGGAACCAUGAAUUUUGCCGGCCCUCGUGAUGCGUACUGCUCACCUUUAGCAAGACAGCUGUUUAGGAUUGAUGGAGUCAAGAGUGUCUUCUUUGGCCCUGAUUUUAUCACCAUCACAAAGUCUGAUGCAAAUAUGGAAUGGAAAGUAAUUAAACCUGAUGUAUUUGCUGCCAUUAUGGACUUUUUCACCUCUGGACUACCUGUUGUCAGUGAGGACAGCAAGCCUAGUGCAGAUACAGCCCCGUCAGAUGAUGAUGAUGAAGUGGUUGCUAUGAUCAAAGAAUUGCUGGAUACUCGAAUAAGGCCUACUGUCCAGGAGGAUGGAGGCGACGUCUUGUAUCGUGGAUUUGAAGAUGGCAUUGUUAAAUUGAAACUGCAGGGCUCCUGUACUAGUUGCCCUAGUUCCAUUAUUACCUUAAAGAGUGGAAUCCAAAACAUGCUACAGUUUUACGUCCCUGAAGUUGAGUCAGUGGAGCAGGUGAAGGAUGAGGAGGAGGAAGAGGCGGCUCAAGUCUGAACUACUGAAACCAGAACCAUAUGUACACAUUCCUCUUCCUCCUAGCCCCCCCCCCUGCUUUAAUGAAAAACACAGUUGCAGCAACAUGUCCUGUGUAAAGCAGAGCUCUGUGAAAGACCUCAUCAACAUUUAUCAUCCAGAUUAUUAUUGGUAGAUAUUUUCUGUACUAUGACAGUCUUUCACAGGUUGUAGAACGGUCACAUGAACAAAGGACAACUUAAAAAUAAAUGUAUUUAUUAUGUCACAUUGUUAUACCUGCUCUGAAUCAGCAGUUGAACAGGUUCUAGGUUUUAAUAUACUCUAUGUAUAUAAAUAAAGUUUGUUAAACUAUA